ACCCCGCCUUGGGUGGGAGCCGCGUCUGGGGCCUCAAUGUUUUGGAAAGGCGAUUUGGAGGGCUAAAUAAAGACUAAAACGCAGAAGGGCGGGCCGGGGUCUGAAGCUUCCCGGCCCCGAAGCUUCCCGGCCCCCUGGCCUUGCUCCGCUUGGCGGCGCCCUCUCCGCGUCUGCGCACUCAGUCUGCCCCACCUCCCGCAGGCGGGUGCUCGCGGAGCGCGCGCGGCCCGGGAGGCUCUGGUGCGCAGGCGCGACUCCGCAUUCCGAUCAGUGACGCCGUGAGCGCGCGCGGCGCAUUUCCGCCUCUGGCGAAUGGCUCGGGCGUAGGGCGCGCGCCGCGCCGCGGGGGCUCCAGCUGCGACCCCAGCCCCGCCCCCAGGACCCUGGCCAUGGAAGACCUGUUACCCAUGUUCUUCGCCUCGGCCUCCCCAGAUUCGCCCCCGGCCCGGGGCCCCUUCGUGGAGAUCAUCGAACAGCCCAAGCAGCGGGGGAUGCGCUUCCGCUACAAGUGCGAGGGCCGGUCGGCGGGCAGCAUCCCCGGGGAGCGCAGCACGGACACCACCAAGACGCACCCCACCAUCAAGAUCAAUGGCUACACAGGACCAGGAACUGUCCGAAUUUCCCUGGUGACCAAGGAGCCCCCUCACCGACCUCACCCUCACGAGCUGGUGGGGAAGGACUGUAGGGAUGGUUUCUAUGAGGCUGAACUCUGCCCUGACCACUGCAUCCACAGCUUCCAGAACCUGGGAAUUCAGUGUGUGAAGAAGCGAGAUCUGGAGCAGGCCAUUGCCCAUCGAAUGCAGACCAACAACAACCCCUUCAAUGUGCCUCUGGAAGAACAACGUGGGGACUAUGACCUGAAUGCCGUCCGGCUCUGCUUCCAAGUGACCAUCCGGGACCCUGCAGGCAGGCCCCUGGUCCUGACCCCUGUCCUCUCCCAUCCCAUCUAUGACAACCGGGCUCCCAACACUGCAGAGCUGAAGAUCUGCCGUGUGAACCGCAACUCGGGCAGCUGCCUGGGCGGGGACGAGAUCUUCCUCCUGUGUGACAAGGUGCAGAAAGAGGACAUCGAGGUGUGCUUCACGGGGCCGGGCUGGGAGGCGAGAGGAUCCUUCUCACAGGCCGACGUGCACAGGCAGGUGGCCAUCGUGUUCCGCACGCCACCCUACGCGGAGCCUGCCUUACAGGCCCCAGUGCGGGUCCACAUGCAGCUCCGGCGGCCAUCCGACCGAGAGCUCAGCGAGCCCAUGGAGUUCCAGUAUCUGCCAGACACAGAUGAUCGACACCGAAUUGAAGAGAAGCGCAAGAGGACACUGGGCACUUUCAAGAACAUUAUGAAAACGAGUCCUUUCAGUGCAGGCAGUUCCGAUGCCUGGACGCCUCCCAGACGCAUCGCGGUGCCCUCCCGCAGUGCCACGGCCUCUGCUCCCAAGCCCCCAGGUGUCCUUCCUGGCCUGCCUGCCUCUGUCUCCCAGCCCUACACCUUCUCCACAUCCCUCAGUACCAUCAACUUGGAAGAGUUUUCUCCCAUGGUCUUUUCAUCCACCCAGACCCCGGCCCCAGCCCUGGCCCCGUCCUUGACCUCUGCCCCAGCCCUGGCCCCGGCCCCCACACCUGCCCCUUCCCUGGCCCCAGCUCCAUCCACGACAGUCCCUGCCCUGCCCCAGAUCUCCCAGUCUGGGGAGGGCACGCUCUCGGCGGCCCUGUUGGGCCUACAGUUUGAUACAGAUGGAGACCUGACGGGGCUUCUGGAUGACCCUGACAAUACAUAUACCAGCCUUGCGGCCAUUGACAACUCUGAGUUCCAGCAGCUGCUGAACCAGGGAAUGGGGCCCCUUGAAGGUCCUGGGCCUUCGGGGGAGCCCAUGCUGAUGGAAUACCCUGAAUCAAUCACCCGCCUUAUGUCAGGGUCUCAGCGACCCCCUGAGGCCAGUGCUGUUCCCCCAGGGAGCUCUGUGCUCUCCAACGGCCUGGUGGGGGCUGACGAGGUCUUCCCCUCCAUGGGAGACAUGGACAUAACAGCUUUACUGAGUCAGAUCAGCUCUUAAAUGGGGCUGAUUCCUGUCCUGGGGCCCCUGAGCGAGCCCUGGGCCAGCGGGAGGACAGGUGGGCCCCUCCAGAUACACCUCUCAGUGCCUCGAGUCUUGGAAGCUGCUCCUUCCCCCUGAUUUUCUCUGGGGGAGCUGUCUCCCUGGAGAGGGGAGGAGUGAACCCUGUUUUAAUAUUUUAUCUGCAAUCUCUCUGUUUUGGAGGUGCUUAAGUAAAAGCAUUAACUCCUCUGAAAGGGGGUGAUUGGGGGGGGGGCUGGGGAAGCUUCAAGCCUCCUCCAUCUCUGCCUGGCCCCUUGGACCUGGGAAUGGAAGGCUGGUGGACAAGGGGGACCCCACCAGGUCCUCUCCUCCCCCCAGUUGUGGAGCAGAGUUUGAAGUGACACCCCCAUCCCCUAGCGCCUUCACAAUGGGGCUUUGGUUAAGCUGUGGGCCAAGUUCUAGUCCCCUUCCUUUCUCUUUGCACCUGACACCAGCAUCUUUAACAGCAUUUAAACAGCUCUGGCUCUUCCGGUGCGCUUGGGCAGGGGAGUAUUGUCCUUGCCAGGCUUUUGGAGGGGGAGGCCCCAACGGGGUCGUGUCCUCCUCCCCUCAAGUGCCUUAAGAUGAACAGGUUGCCCCAGUGGUGGGGGACCGUGAGGGGUGGGCUGGGAGCCGCCGGGGCUGCUACUGCCGUCUUCUUUUUACUCUCGACUAAUAAACCCCUCUC